GAUGCUGACGGGUCCCCUGUUUCGCUAAGUUGGACUAUUCCAGUCAGCUACAUCCAACACCGGUGGAGCUAACACAGUUUUCAAGACGUACACGGAGCAGGUCAAGUUUGGAUUUCUGUGGAAACCUGCAUCUUUUGGGUAUCUUAAAGGAACUGUACAUAGUUAUACGCAGUGCAUACAAAUGGAUGUUUUCGUGGCGAUUUUACCCGUUCUGCUUGCUGUAAAACCAGUUCUAGGGUUUGGAGUCGACCCUGAUAUGCAAAUUGAUAUCAUCAGUGAGCUGGAUUUCGCAAAUGCAACUUUUGGAAUAACUCAAGUCCCGGGACUGCACAACAACAGCAAAGCGUUCCUAUUUAAAGAUGUAGAAAGAGAAGUCCAUGCUCCACCACAUGUUGCUGAGAAGAUUGUUCAGCUCUUUAGGAAUAAAAGUGAGUUCACAUUCCUUGCGUCAGUCCAGCAGAAGUCAUUAACUUCAGGGAUAAUAUUCUCCAUCCAUGACUCAGACCACAGUUAUUUUGAACUGGAGAGCAGUGGAUUACGAGAAGAAAUCAGAUACCAUUACCUAUUCAACGGGAAACCCAGAAGGGAGUCUUUUCCUUACCGGCUGGCAGAUGGACAGUGGCAUAAGAUCGCACUUUCUGUCAGUGCCUCGCACCUGCUUCUUCAUGUAGACUGCAACAGGAUUUAUGAACGGGUCAUAGCCCCACCAGAAACUGAUCUAGUGCCAGGGAGCGCGAUAUGGCUUGGCCAGCACAAUCAAAAACAUGGGCUAUUUAAGGGUACCAUUCAAGAUGUGAAAAUGAUUUUUGCUCCAAAUGGAUAUAUAACACAGUGUCCAAAUCUGAAUCGCACCUGCCCAACGUGUAGUGAUUUCCUGAGCCUCGUGCAAGGUAUCAUGGAUCUUCAGGAGCUGCUGGCUAAAAUGACUGUAAAAUUAAAUUAUGCAGAAACGAGGCUGAAUCAGCUUGAGAGCUGCCACUGUGAAAAAACGUGCAAGGUCAGUGGAGUUGUCUACAGGGAUAAGGAGCUUUGGGUUGAACCUGAAAACUGCAGAAACUGUGCCUGUAAGAAUGGUGUGGUGGAGUGCCGACGAAUUUUCUGCCCACCUGCAAACUGCUCUGCAGAAUAUCUUCCUGUGCACAUUGAAGGGAAAUGCUGCAAGAAAUGUCGACCGCGAUGUACCUUUCUGGGAAAAGUGCUGUCUGAGGGGCAGAGAGUGUUAACAAAAAGCUGCAGAGAAUGCAAGAAUGGAAUCAUGGUGAAAGUGACAGAGAUCUGCCCAGCUGUUAACUGUACAGAAAGUGAACAAAUACUGCCAGAAAACAGAUGCUGUAACGUUUGCAAAGGCCAUGAUUUCUGUGCCGAAGGACAUAAUUGUGGGGAAAAUUCAGUGUGCAAAAACUUGGAUACCAAAGCUGUUUGCGAAUGCAAAAGUGGGUACACAGCACUCCGUGGGGACACAGCUUACUGUGAAGAUAUUGAUGAAUGUUCAACCCAGAUGCACUACUGCCAAGCAAACACAGUAUGUGUCAAUCUCCCUGGGACUCAUCGGUGUGACUGCCUUCCAGGAUAUGUCAGAGUUGAUGACUUCUCUUGCACAGAGCAUGAUGAGUGUGGAAGUGGGCAGCACUCCUGUGACGACAAUGCAAUCUGCACCAACACCAUCAGAGGACACACCUGUACCUGCAGGCCUGGGUUUGUGGGCAAUGGAACCAUCUGCAGAGCAUUCUGUGAGGAAGGCUGCAGAAGUGGGGGAACCUGUGUGGCGCCAAACACCUGUGUCUGCUCUUCCGGCUUCACAGGUAGUCACUGUGAAAAAGAUAUUGAUGAAUGUGCUGAGGGGCUGAUUCAGUGUCACAACCACUCGCGCUGUGUUAACCUUCCUGGCUGGUUCCACUGUGAAUGCAGGAGCGGUUUCCAUGACAAUGGGUCCUACUCACUUGAUGGGGGGUCCUGCGUUGACAUUGAUGAAUGUGCGACAAGAACUCACACCUGCUGGAAUGACUCAGCCUGUGUGAACCUGCUGGGCAGCUAUGACUGCCUGUGUCCUUCUGGUCCGUCGUGUACUGGGGACUGCCCCCAUGAAGGAGGGCUGAAGAGAAACGGUCAAGUCUGGACUCUCAAGGAAGACAGGUGCUCUGUGUGCUCUUGCAAGGAUGGGAAAAUCUUCUGCAGGAGAACAGCGUGUGACUGCCAAAACCCCAAUGUUGAUCUGUACUGCUGCCCAGAAUGCGACUCCAGAGUAACCAGCCAGUGUUUACACCAAAGUGGGCACACAGUCUAUCGAAGUGGAGACAACUGGACCUACAGCUGCCAGCAGUGCAGAUGUCUGGAAGGAGAAGUGGAUUGCUGGCCAUUCGCUUGCCCAUCUCUUAAUUGCGAGUAUACGUCAUUGUCAGAAGGCGAAUGCUGUCCCCACUGCGUCAGUGAUCCAUGCCUCGCUGACAACAUUGUCUACGACAUCAGAAAAACCUGCUUGGAUCACUAUGGAAUUACACGCCUCAGUGGUUCAAUAUGGACUAUGGCUGGGUCACCCUGUACUACAUGCAAAUGCAAGAAUGGAAACAUCUGCUGUUCAGUGGAUUUAGAAUGCCUCCAGAAUAACUAGAAACAGCUCAUUCGGAGAAACUUCCACUUAUGAACUGAAAGGAUCGCCUGGUUUAAAGUUCCAAAUUUUCAUUUUUUAUGCACCUGACAGUUGCCAAAGUCUCCACAUGAGGAAGAUGGCUGGAACUUCAGCUUCAAAGGAACCAUAGUAAUUCCCUUGGCUGUUGUCUUUGAAAGACUCUUGAAUCCUAGUUGGAUGGAAUAUGUUAUUCUUAAUUGUGGAAAUCAUGUGUGAUUCCAUUCUUGACAAUUCCAAUGCUGUUAAAUGUGUUGUGUUUUGGGGUUUUUGUCCAUUAUCCGAGUAAAAUCAAAAACACAAAGGAGCAAAGUUAGAACAUUUUGUCUCUGCCAGUGUAAAGCUAUAUAUAGAAACAUUCAAAUAUUUUUGUUGCUUUUUUCAAUGGCUAAACACAUACAUAUUUUCAAUUUCACAGUCUGCUACUUGACCAAUCAAAUAUAUUAUAUUUUGCUGUGAUGAGUUAAUGCAUAUUCAUCAAUAUUGGCCUCAAGUAUGCAGUAUCACUUUACCUAACUGCAUAUUUGAAGUUCCAUUAUGGUGAUCACAAGAAAGCACUUCCAUUUCAUGUAAGUCUCAUGUUAUGGUUUUAAAUUUAGGACAUAAAAUGCACUCCAUGUGUUGGUAAAGAUUUCCAUGCACUCAGACUCAUUUUUGCAAUUAGGCAUUUGCUUUGAAAGGCAAGGAACAUCCUAUUUUCUUCAAAUAAAACAAAACAUUUUAUUAAACUAUAGUGAUAAUAAGGCAUGUUCAAGAAGACAAACUGUAAUCUGACAAAGUUCAGAUUAUAUAAUGUACUGCACUGUACAUGAACACAGGAUCUUACCCAGUCUCUGCUAACUGUUUUCAAUCACAACAUGAAGACUUUUCUUAAUUGGAUUGCUAAUUCUUUAGUCUGUGAAAAGACAGGACCACUUGCUUUUUAGUGUAUUUAUAUUUCUUCAAUUAUAGUAGUUUGACAAACAAAUACAAUUAAAGAACUGUAUAAAUAGAGGCUUAUAUGCCAAAGUUCAGUAAGUUCAGUCUUAUUUGGUUAUUACUCUGCUUGUUAGGGAACUAUAUAUUUGAUGUGGCUUCUGCAUUUUCCCCUUCACAGGAUGUUCAUCAGUUUCUUUCACUGAGUCAUAGCUUAGCCCUCUAUAUAACAUUAAGUGGUAAGUGACAGAUUUUUAACACUACCACUAUCCACUGUUGUUCACAGCACUCUUACUGCAAACAUUGCAAAAUAUCUAAUCACCUCAACCUCAAAGUGCUACAAACUGUCCUGUGUUACCAUUAAAUGCAGGCUGUAUAACCCAAUAUGCAUUAUUUGAUGCAGUGUUUAAAUGAUAAUUAGAAAAAUCUCUUACUCACGUAUACUAUUUCUGGUGUGGUACAGUAUAUCAUUUUGAACAUUAAUUUUAAAAAUUACACGAUUAAUAAUGGUGACUAGAUUGGUAUAUGUUGUUAAAAUAUUUCAAAAGUCUUGGAAAAUACCAGUUGUCACAUUUCUAGGAUUUGUCUUACAUAACAUGGUGUUAUGUAUAUAAGGUAACAAGGUACAAGGUAAACAUACAAUUCUAAUUCCAUUCUUCAAAAUAUUUCAUGGAGACAGUGGUAGCAUUUGAUACAUGUUUUUAAAAGGUGUAGUUUACUGUGUUAUUAUUUUAACUGAAAGCAGUACAAAAUAACUAAAAAAAUCUACCCAAUAUUGUCAUUUGUUAAUGAGGAGCCCAAAUCUGAGUAAUCUAGGCUCUUACAUUUCAUACACAAUUGGGCAGAUUCAGUAGACUGUAUGAUAACAGCCCAUGCCUUACUGCAGUUACAGUAUAUAUAAUUGUUCUAUAUGCAUUGUUCUCUGUAUAUUUUCAAUAACAUUGAAAUUGUCUCCUAGGUCUUGUACCUUGAAUUGUUUCUUUCGGUCUGUAAUAAGUUUUUAUUUAUUCCAGUUGUCUCUGUGUUAAGAUAUGCCUAAACAAAAUCUUCACCAUACCUGAGAUAAGCUACAGUAAGUCAGUAAUAAAGUUAACUGCAUAGAUCAGUUAACCACAUAGUUAAUUGAUCAGGAUACAGGCUUAAUGUGAACCAUCAAAUAAACUAUUACAAAAUCCUACAGUAUGUAUUUUUACGUGGCAUUACCCUAAGAAAAUUAUCCAUAAAGAGAUGUAAUCUUAUCAGAACAUAGGCAUACAAAUUCCUAAUUUAUUUAAAAGGGAAAGUAAUACAACCUUUUUUUUAAUCCCUGUGUAAAUGUCACUGUAACAUAUUGAAACCAUUUAGAUGAUAAUCAGUUUUCUAAUUUAUGUGCUUUGAAAUUUAGUUAAAUAUUUUGUUUAAUGUAAAUACUAUAUAAAGCUGGGGACUGCAUAAAGUCUAGAAAUAUGGGCAUAAAUCUGAAAAUUAUAUACUGAUGCACAAGAGAAAUACAUGCAACACUAAGACCCAAAGGAUUUAAUCCUAUUUUAAAUGGAUAUAAGAAUCCCAGAAAAUGUGAAGAAAAAUGCUUAUCACAUCAAAUUUGACAUGGCCAAAAUGAAAACAUUAAAAAUAAAGAUUUGGACUGAUUUUUCUUAAGCAUUUAUACAAUUCUGGCCAAGGUGAUAUGUUUGUCAUGCUGUAUGUUUGGCCUAAUGUUUGUCCUGCUGAAAAAUCCCAUUUAGAUUUUAAGGAACGGAAAAACUUUCUCUUCAAAAAGUUCCUCUAUGAAUCCCUGAGCUGUAAAGCUGCCCUCAAUCCACCACUAAAGGUCAAAUCUUGUGUUGAAGGAGAUUCCUCCCCACAUCAUCAUACUUGCACUGUGCCACCAGCUGGCAUGAACAAUGCAACUGUCAGCAUAACAAUCACCACAGUGUCUCCGAACUCGUGAUCGUCCAUCAGGUCCGCCAAGGGCAAAGCGGAAUUUAUUGGCGAAUAAAACAUUCCACUGCUCUCUCAGUUGUCAGUAUUACCCCUAAAUGGCCUCCGCACAUACAACUCAUUUUAAUGCAGAUGGCAAGCUGUACAGUAGUUGCUCUGCUGAUAUGUGGGUUGUUUCUUACUGAUAUUUCCUCUGCUUUGGCACAUUUAGUUGGCUGUCCUGAACCAGUGUGGUGAGCCUUUGCCUUCCAGGACAGAGCAAGUUUGACUAAAUUGUCUGGACUAGUCAGUUAAUUUUGUGAAACAGAACACGACAUUCUUCAGGCAGGUACUCUUAUACACAGGUCACCUUAAAUCAUGCUGAUAGCAACCUCACAAUCUUUGUUUUUCACGUGGGUAUCUUUACUGUUCUUUCAAUUAAUUAAUUACAAUUAUGUGGAUCCAGCAUUUUUAGGAAAUAGCAUGCCUAGAGAUCAUUAUUCUGUUAUCCCAUGAAACCAUACUACUCAUCAACACAUCAAAUCUGUUCACUUGAGGAAGUAAAUACAUCUGUGCCCAACAAGUUGUUGAUGAACUUAUGAUGGUUGCAUUUUCGUUUUGCAUCAGUAUACAUUCUUAGGUCCUUAGCUACUGUACUUAAUCGUGGAAAGGGUAAUUUAUAUUUUUCAUUACAACAAGAAAGGUGUCUUCAUUUUUUUGUUAUUGUUGCCUUAACCCUUUCAGUAUUGUCUAGUUUAAACAAUCCUCAUGUUCAUGUUCAAACUUUAAGUAAAAGUAUUUUAAUAAAUAAGGGGUAAACAACUUCAAAAUUAAGAAUCCUUGCCCAAAAUAAUAUUUAAUGGUUAAAAUGGAGUUUGGAAACGACAACUGCAAUGUUCAAAGACAUACUCUAAUCAUAGGGUUAAUGAACUUUAGCCAGUUUCUUUGGAAUAUCUUCAAAAAUAAUAUUAAAUGAGAAUCAUCAUAUGAUCAAGUGUAUUUGCAAAUAGAAAAUGCAAAUCAGCCCUAAUAUAAAGCUUAUAUUUGAUUUAUGCCUACUGAAAACAUCCUUAGAAAUCUGUGGCAUGUGGCAGUAUAUCUUUUCCUAAUGACAAGGCAUCAUUCAUGUCCUUGAUUCUCUCAGUAAAGUUGAAGCUCAAAAGCUUAUACAUGUAUAAAUCUGCCAUCAAUUCCUUUUUAUGCAGUUCUGACAUUCUGCUCAAGAUCUAUGUACUGUACAAGUUCAUACAGUAUAUGAAAUUCAAAGAAAAUACAUAAGUACAGUAUGAAACCUAACCUGGCUUGGUUUAACCUUUUACUGGCUUCAUUGGUUAUCUUGAUGGGAGACUAUUCGGUGUCCUUUAGAAUUAUUUUUAAUUUUAAGUCCCCUGCUUUAAAGAGAAAAAUUCUAUUUAUGCUCUUAAGUUAAGAUGUUUACUAGCAGGAUGCAAUUUUGUUUUCUUUUUUGUGACCAGUUCCAAAAUGCAUCACAUCUUUGUACUUUAAGGGUUAAGUGUCAGCUGAACUGAAGACUUGUGUCGUGAUAAAGAGUUCUCUGUAAAUUCUUCAGUUAAUAAAUAUUUUAGUUGUUUACUUAAUAACAUUGAUGUUA